AUGGAAAAGACCAAAAUUGAGAUAGUUUUGUUUACUCUUAUAUUUAUCUUUUUUGGUAUCUACUUUGAGAAAAAAGUGGAAGUAACAUCAACUAAUAUUAAAUCGGGUAUUAAAGAUUCAUCAUUUUUUUCUAAUUUGAAAAAAAAAAAAUUAGAAAAUAAUUCUAUUACUGCACAUAAUAAUAAUCAGAAGAAAAAUGUUAAAUCUUCUAUUUCUUCAAAUUCAGAUGUGUAUAAUAAAAAAAUAACUAGAUUAAAAACUGAAGACGAAAAAUCACUGGAUUUAUAUAGAGUAAAACCAUCGAUCAUUCUAAAAAAUAAUUAUAUUAGAACAAAACCAUUGAAUAUUGUGUAUAUAGAAAAAAGCGUUCCAUAUUUAUCCAACACUUAUAUUUCUAAUGAAGGAAAACGAAAAAAGUUAGGUAAUACUUCAUAUUCCUUUAUUCAAAAAGAAACUUCGGAAUUAAUCGAUAUCGAAGUUUUAAAUGAUUAUAAUAGUUUAAUUACAGUACUUAAUGGAAGCUACACUAACGCGAAAAAUAUCUAUAUGAACUCGCACGCCUAUAAAGAAAUGGAGCAUUACUUUAAAGAAUUACAAGAUGAUAAAUAUAAUGAAUUUAGAAAUGUAAUAAUUCCUUUAAUAAAUAAUAUGACUGAACUAACGCAACAGUAUAUGAAAUACUGUGAAGAAUGUAAAGAAAAAAUUGCAAAAGAAAUGAAUGAAUUACAUGAAUUUAUAGGAAAUUUUGAGGAAGUAAUAUCAUUUACAGAGAAAAUUAGUGAAUUAAAAAAAAAUAUAAAAGAUAUAAAAGCAAAAUUAGAUGAAGACUUUAAAGUUAUUAGACAAAAAAAAGGGGAGGUGCAUGAUAAGUUAUCGCUUAUAAUGAGUAAAAAAUAUUGCACUCUUCUAUAUUGCGACAAAGUGAAGCCUUUCUAUGGGUCUGCUGUCACUUAUUAUUAUAGUAAAACAAAAAAAGAUAUGAGUGAUUAUACUGACUUUUUACAAGAAGCUGAAAAUUUUAUAAAUUCUGAUAAUAAGUUACUAAAAAUUAGGGAUAAAAAUUUUUAUCACAAAAAAUAUAAAUACUCUUUAAAGUUAUUAAUAGAAGAAAUUAAUGUUAUUAUAAGUAUUCAUAAAAAAAACAAAGGAACUAUAUCUAAUAAUAUUAGAGUUCUUAAAUAUAGUAAUUCUUAUUAUAGUUCAUGUAAAUUCAGUUCUAAUAAUAUUGUUAAUAUUGUUAUUUCCCCUUCCGUUAUGUGUAAUGAAAAUGUUUUUGUAGAAGAUUGGAAUAAAAAAUUAAAAAUAGAUUUUGAAAAUAAAAAAAAAGCAAUUUAUGAUUUAUUUGAUAAAAUAAAACAGGAAUUAUGGGAUAGCAUAAAUUCCUUAGUUUAUCCUCAGGAUAUAGAAUCACAAAGUGUAGAAAUUACUUCACAAUCACAAAAACUCUUAAGUGAUACAAAUAGUAUGAUUUAUGAAAAUUGUGAAACGUUAGAUGAUUUAUCAUAUAGUAGUCCAGGAAUUCCAAUCAUUAAACAUGAAAUUACUAAAUUAUAUGCUGAGGUAGUUACACAUAGCAUCAAUAUGAAUAGUAGCUUUGAUUUGAUCAAUAAAAAAUGUGAUUCUAUUAAAUCUAAAAAAAAUAAGAUAGAGACAAUGAAAGCAAGUCUACCUUUAAACGAAAGUAAAACAUUAAAUGAUAUCACGGAUGAUGUUUUUACUACAAAACAAAAUAUUGAACGUAUAAUAACAUCAGUAAAUGAUAAAAUUGAAGUAAUACAAAGUAAACAUAAAGAAAUAAGUGAAAUAAAAAAAAAAAUUGAGGGACUAAUUGAGCAAAUUAAAACAAAAAAAGGGGAACUAGAUGAAUUAGAAAGAAAAGAAGACGAAGAAAAAGAACAAUAUAUAAAAAAAAUCGAACAUCACUUGAAAGAGAUUGAAGAAAAAGUAAAUAAAUUGAAUCAAUUUAUAGAUUUAAAAAAUAAGGAUAAUGAAUACUUAAAAGUUAUUGAAAAUGUAAUAGAUGCAUCAUCAUGUAAUAAUAAGGAUGAAUAUACAAAAAAAAAAGAAGAAGCAAAAGAACAAUGGAAAUCAGCUUUAACAUAUUUAUUCGGUGAUGAAAGGAUAGAGAAAAAGUGUAAAGAUAUGCCAGUUUAUUUAUCUGAAAAGAAAAAGUCAAAUUAUAUGAUAUUUGACUUGGAUACAAUCAAUAAUAUAUUUAAUAAUUUAAACCAAAAAUAUAUCGAGAUAGAUAAUAUUAUAAUUGAAAGUACAACUAUUGUGAAUGAUAAGAUAGCAUCUGCAGAAAGUAAUUUUAUACAACUUAGGGAUAGAAUUAUAAAAGAGUCAAUUGAAGAUCUGCAUAAUAAAAUGAAUAACUCAUUUCAACAAUUUAACAAUAUAUUGAAUUCUAUAUCUCAAAAUAUGACUAAUUAUAAAGCGAAUAUAGAAAAAUUUAAAAUAUUGGAAGAUUCCAUAGAAAAAAGAAAGCAUGACAUUUUGGAUAAGCUUAUUGAGGAAGAUAGUGACACAUUAAAAGAAGAUACAUCAACAGAAAUAUUGAAUCUUGAGAAUGUUAUUAGAGAAACUAAAAAUUUAAUAUCAACAAACAUAAGUGAUGGAAGAAGUGUUGUAUAUACAUUUCAAAAACAAUUUGAAUCAUAUGACAAAAUACAAAAUUAUUUUGGUAUUCUUAAAAAUAAUGAAAUUUCUGACAAUAUUAAUGAUUUGAAAACAACAAUUCAUGAAAUAAAAGCAGAUAGCAAACUAAAUGAUUAUGAGACAAAAUAUAGGGAUGAAACAAAUUCAAUAGAUGAUAGUAUAAAAAAAGUCGAGCUAUCAAAAAAAGUUAUAGAAAGUUUUAAUAUUUUAAAUAAAGUUAUAAAUGGAUCUAAUAAAAAUAACGAAUCAAUAGAGUACUUAAAAACAAAUUUGAGAGAGUCAGAAGAAAAAAUAGAUAGACAAAUUCUUUCUGUUAAUGAGGAUAAUUUAAUAGAAAACCAGGUAAAAGGGAAUCUUUUAAGUAAAUUAAGAGAAAAAAAAAAUAUGGAAGAUCAAAAAAGGAAAAUUGAUAAAUUAGAUAAAGAUUCAAAAGAAUUACAAAAAUUAUCUUUGUCUUUUAAAAAAACAACAAAAAGUUCUCUUACUGAAGAAAAUAUAGAAGCCUAUUCAGGAGAUAUAUCAAAAAAAAAAAAAAAUCUAGAAUCUAUUACAGAUGAAAUAUAUACAUUAAAAGUGGGAAUUACGAAAUUAAAUUUAGAAGUUGACAAUUUAAUUAACACCCAGAAUAAUGAAAUUGCAGAUUUAAUUUAUGAACUUAUAAUAAGAUUAGAUCUGGAUAUAAAUAGUAAAACAAAAGCAAUCUUGGGAAUUCUAGAAGUAACAAAAAAUAGUUUUGAAAAAUAUAAUUCUGAAGAAGACAUAAAAAAUAUUCAUAAUGAGAAAAAUGGGGAAAAUCUAAGAGCAAUAUCACAAAAUUUUAGUAAUUUUAAGGAUGAAAUUAAUACUUAUAAUGAAAAUUUUAUAAAAAUUCAAAAUGAUUCUAAAAAAGAAGUUGAUAAAUCUGAUGAAUUGAAGUAUAAUAAUGAAAAUUUCGAUGACAAAAGAAUCAACAUGAAAAGGUAUCAUGAUAAUAUAAAAAAAAUAUCGGAAAAUUUAGAUGAGAUGGAAAAAGAGCUAGAAACUUCAUUAAAAAAUAUAAAUAAAAAAAAAGUAGAAUAUAAAAAGAUUUUGGUAAUUGAUAUUCUUGACCAAAUCAGUGAUAAUAAAAAAGGAGGUGAAAAAGAAAUAACAAUCAUUGACGAGUAUAAAGAAAAAAUUGAGGAAUUGAAAGAAAAAAUACCAGACUCGACAGAAUGUGAAUUAGUUAAUUUUAAAUAUGAGGAUUAUGUUAAUAAUGCUAAAAAAAAUAAGGAGAUAAUAAUUAAAUUGGAACAAGAAGUGAAUUCAUUAAGGGAAACAGUAUCUAAAGAUAUAAAAGAAGAUGAAAUUAAUAGGAUCCAAAUGGAAGUCAAAAAAAAAUUAAAUGAAAUUAUAAAAGAAAAGAAUAAAAUAGAUAAUGCAUCAGAAGCUCUUAAAAAUAUGGGAAAAUUUUUAAUGUUGACAAAAUUUAGUAUAGUAAUGGAUGAAAUACAAAGUAAUGUAAAAAAGGUAAGGGAAGAAGAAAAAAAUGCAGAGAAAAAAUUCAUAGAAUCAGAAAAUAUUCAAAAAAAUAUAUUGGAUGAUCUUAAAAAAGUAGAGGAAUUACAAAAUUUACUUAUACAUAACUUAGAUGAGGAUUCAAUAAAUGGAAGCAUAGAGAAAGUUAUAUUAAUUAAAGAUCGCACUGAAUCCAAUUCAGAAAAUAUAAACAUGCUUUUAACAGAAGUUGAAAAGCAUAAGGAAACUUCUUCCUUAUAUCUUAAUAAUACCAUAAGAGGAAGAGAAAAAAUAGAAUAUUUAAAAAAGCAUGAUAAUGAUGAAACACAAAAUAUAACUGAAGCAGUAAUGCAAAAUAUAAAUAAUUAUGUUCAUGAAUCUGAAAAUUGUUCAAAAAAUGCAGAAAGACACGCACAGGAAACUAGUAAAAAUUAUACAUUAUCUUUAGAAUACACAAAGGAGGUGAAUGAUCUCUUAAAAGAUUCUUUAAUUUUAGCAGAAAAAAUGAAAGUUGAAAUGAAAAAAAAUUAUGUUAUAGAUAUGCUAAUAGAAAUCCAGGAUAGUUAUUACGAUAAUAAAUAUAUAUUAGAAAGAUUAAAAGAAAGAUUAAUUAAAAUAAAUCAAGAAGAUAUUAAUAUGAAAUGUGAAUAUGAAGCAAAUAAUGAAAAGUCUAUAG